AUGAACCUGCGCGGUGGCAACGUGUCGGAGGUGAUCUCUCACACUGUCAGAGCCGUUACCGCUCUGGAGGAAAGCGCCCUACAAAUCAACAAUGUGACAGACGCCGGGUGUCAAAGAAACGACAUGGUCCAUAAUGGCAUCGACGCACAGCUGGGGAACUGGUCUCACCGUAAUGCCGGAGGAGUUUACGGUGAGGAGGGCGGCAGGAUUUAUGGGUCUCAAUGUCCUCCCCAAGAGAUGGCGGUGGAGAAGAACUGGGCGGCGCUGCUGAUUUUAGUCGCCAUAGCCGUCACGGUCAUGGGAAACAUCCUGGUGAUCCUGGCGGUCUCCCUGGAGAAGAAGCUGCAGAACGCCACAAACUACUUCCUGAUGUCACUGGCAGUCGCUGACAUGCUCCUAGGCAUCUUGGUCAUGCCGGUUUCCAUGGUGACCAUUCUCUACGAUUACGGAUGGCCCCUCCCGUCCGACCUUUGUCCCAUCUGGAUCUACCUGGACGUCCUGUUCUCCACAGCGUCCAUCAUGCACCUCUGCGCCAUCUCUCUGGAUCGAUACAUCGCCAUACGAAACCCGAUCCACCACAGCCGCUUCAACUCCCACACCAAGGCCCGCAUCAAGAUCAUGGCGGUGUGGACGAUUUCAGUGGGGAUCUCUAUGCCAAUUCCUGUGCUUGGACUCAGAGACCACUCCAAGGUAUUCAAAGAUGGCAGCUGCCUGCUGACAGAUAACAACUUUGUGCUGGUCGGCUCCUUCGUGGCCUUCUUUGUGCCCCUCACCAUCAUGGUUGUCACCUAUUUCCUGACCAUCAAUGCCCUGCAGAACGAAGCCACCCUGUGCUUGGACCAGCUGGUCCCACGGCCUAAAUGGAGCGCAACUUUCACCUUGAGCUUCUUGCCGCAAACCUCGUUGUCCUCUGAAAAACUCUUCAGACGCUCAAUAACCCGCGAGGCUGGCGGCAGAGGAAGCAGCAGCGGCCUGGGAGGCGCCCGCGGAAGUGUCUCGUGCUCACUAUCUGGACGCCGCACCAUGCAGUCGAUCAGCAACGAGCAGAAGGCAUCCAAGGUCCUCGGGGUGGUGUUUUUUCUCUUCGUGGUCAUGUGGUGUCCAUUUUUCAUCACCAAUGUGCUGGUGGUGGUGUGUGACCCCGUGGUGUGUGAUGCAGGACUCAUGGGAGGUCUGCUGAACGUUUUCGUCUGGGUCGGAUACUUGUCCUCCGCAGUCAAUCCGCUGGUCUACACACUGUUUAAUAAAACGUACCGUGCGGCUUUCCUGCGCUAUGUUCGCUGCCAGUACCAGCCGAAGAAGAAGCCUCUGCAACUCAUACUGAUGAACACCAUCCCACCGCUGGCUUACAACACCACCCAACUGCCCCUGGGUGACGUUGGGAAGUUACGAAACGGAGCGGCGCACCCUAGUGGUGAGGUGAAGGAGUUGUCUUUACCGGGGCAGGAAACAGAGACAUGUAGGCCAGGCAAAAGCCGCGGAGACAAAGAUGAAAGCUGUGUGUGA